UGGAUACGAAUUUAAUCGAAAUCACGAUUGGGAUCACAAACUUGAAAGUGGAAACGAAUUUAAUCGAAAUCACGAUUGGGAUCACGACCUUGAAAGUGGAAACGAAUUUAAUCGAAAUCACGAUUGGGAUCACGACCUUGAAAGUGGAACCGAAUUUAGUCAAAAUGACGAUUGGGAUAACGAUCUUGAAAGCGGAAACGAGUUUAAUCGAAAUCACGAUCGGGACCACGAUCUUGAAAGUGGAACCGAAUUUAAUCGAAACCACGAUUGGGAACACAAGCUUGGAAGUGAAAACGAAUUUAAUCGAAAUCACGAUUGGGAUCACAAUCUUGAAAGUGGAAUCGGGUUUAAUCGAAAUCACGAUUGGGAUCACGAUCUUGAAAGUGAAUCCGAAUUUAGUCGAAACCACAAUUGGGAACACAGGCUUGGAAGUGAAAACGAAUUUAAUCGAAAUCACGAUUGGGAUCACGAUCUUAGAAAUGAAAACAAAUUUAAUCGAAAUCAUGAUUGGGAACACAAUAUUGAAAGUGAAAACGAAUUUAAUCGAAAUCACGAUUGGGACCACGAUCUUGAAAGUGAAAACGAAUUUAAUAGAAAUCACGAUUGGGACCACGAUCUUGAAAGUGGAAACGAAUUUAAUCGAAACCACCGGGAACACAGGCUUGGAAGUGGAAACGAAUUUAAUCGAAACCACGAUUGGGAUCAUAAUCUUGAAAGUGAAAACGAAUUUAAUCGAAAUCACGAUUUGGAUCACGACCUUGAAAGUGGAAAAGAAUUUAGUCAAAAUGACGAUUGGGAACACAAUCUUGAAAGUGGAAGCGAAUUUAGUCGAAAUCACGAUUGGGAACAUAAUCUUGAAAGUGGAAGCGAAUUUAGUCGAAAUCACGAUUGGGAACAUAAUCUUGAAAGUGGAAACGAAUUUAGUCGAAAUCACGAUUGGGAACACAAUCUUGAAAAUGGAAACGAAUUUAACCGAAAACAUGAUUGGGAUAACAACUUUGAAACUGGAUUUAACAGAAAACAUAAAUUUAAAAGUGGAAAAGGAUUAAGCCAUAAUAACUAUUGGGGCCAUAAUGGCGACUUGGAACAUGAAUUUGGAGAUGACGUUAACCGGGAGCAUAAAUCAGAAAAAGAGCACGGUAAUAAAUAUGAGUCUGAGAAAGAAAGCGAACGCAUUAAUGAACAUGGAAAAGAAUUUAAUAAUGGGUAUGAAGAAGAGAAUGAAUCUAGCAAAGAAAAUAAACUAGAGCAAGGACACGAAGAUGAAUUUGGAGACGGCUAUAAAGAAGGGUUUGACUAUAAACAUAACCGGAAACAUGAGUCAGAACAAGAAAACAAUUUUCAGCAUGAAUCUGAAAAAGAAAGCGAACAUGUUUGCAAAUGUUAA